AUGAUGCUACUAUCGCAAUAUACAAAAUUCUGCUCCAUCUUGCUGGCCGCAAGCGUUCUCUUAGGUGGAGCUCUCGCAGCCCAUCGUAGAGAAACCAUCGGCUUUCGAACAGUUUCUCAAAGCGAAGCCGUGCUUAUCAAUGAAUUUAAAAGGCCUAUCAAAAUUCUGCAAAAAGAUAUCGGAGUUGAAUUCGCCAAUAAAAUAGGAGAAGGCUAUUAUCUUAUAAACGUACCUGCUGGCUACCAGGCUCUCAAUGGCGAUUGGUAUUGCGUUGUCGAAGCGGAAAGCGGAAAGAUGGAGGAUGCACGCAAAGUUUGGAUCCCAGCAUCUCACGAGUCAGUUACUCGGGAAGAUGGGACUGAAAAAGAUUUGUGGACCGGAGACGAAGAAGCUAUCGAGGAGUACAUCAAAGCAGUAGGAUUAAACCCGAGAAGAGCAUUACGCUUUUCAGAUGCCGACUCAUCCGGCUUUGAUGCGGCGCCUGAUAUAAAACAAAUGUUUAUCCCAAUUGGCAUGGUAAACAGAGUUGACUUGGGUUUAACGGCUAAGUGCUAUGAAACGGAAGAGGAGUUAAAGUAUUUUUUCAGCGAUGUUCUUGCUUGGACGGGUUGGGAAAUUACUAAUGAUCCUAGACAAUAA